AUGCUAUCAUCCCGAUGGCCGCUCUUCUGUCCAGCUCCACGGACGUUUACUACCACUCCAGCGCUUCAGCUCUCCAAGAAAGUAUCGAAGAAGGCUCUGGAGGCUGAACAGACAAAGAAAGAUAGCCCUCCUGCAAGGCCCUCCUUCCGUUCCUCCAAAAAUACCACUUCGAAGCACUCUGGUGCCGAUUUCAUCGUUACCGUCGAGUCCGCGCUACAUGGACUUCAGCGAAGGCUUUCUGCGCAGUCUGACCAGGCAUUACAGGGAUGGCAAAGGUUUGAGCGCUUGGUAUUGAAUGCAUGCAAAUUAGAGGACCGAGGGGGCAAACGUACUGCCAGCCCAUUAGGGCUGGUGAAGGCUACCCUACAGAAGGCCUAUGUCAGAAAUGGCGUCUCAGGCUUAAGGACCGAGCUUGAAUAUCUUCUGUACGCCGAUGAGCUCACUUCUAGGUUCUCAGCACCCAACCUAGAACAGCAAAAGAAAAUAGCAGAUAUGCGUUUUCCGGUGGAAUGGUACCCGCAGGCGCGCGCCAUCCAACGGACAAUCCAUCUACAUGUGGGGCCGACAAAUUCAGGGAAGACAUAUCAUGCGCUGAAAAAACUGCAAAAUAGUAAAAGUGGCUUCUACGCCGGCCCGUUGAGGCUCCUCGCUCAAGAGGUAUAUCAUCGGUUCCAAGCCAACGGGAUUUCGUGCGGUCUCGUCACUGGUGAUGAUGUCAAAAUGCCCGAGGAUGAAUCUCCAGCCAUCGUGAGCAAUACAGUAGAGAUGGUCAAUUUAGGCGAGCCUUAUGAGGUUGGCGUCAUUGAUGAGAUCCAGAUGAUCGCAGACCCCAACCGUGGAUGGGCUUGGACUCGUGCUUUUCUUGGUGCGCGUGCUAAAGAGCUUCACCUCUGCGGCGAAACAAGGUCUGUGCCCUUGAUUCGUAACAUCGCUGCACUUACGGGAGACAAGCUUGAGAUUCACCGCUAUGAGCGACUAAAUCCUUUGAAGGUCAUGAAGCAGAGUCUCAAGGGCGAUCUGAGGAAUCUUCAGAAAGGGGAUUGCAUUGUAGCAUUCUCUCGCGUCGGCAUCCAUGCCUUGAAGUCAGACAUUGAAAAGGUCACUGGGCGUCGAGCAGCGAUUGUGUAUGGGAGUCUACCGGCGGAAAUCCGGGCGCAGCAGGCUGGCCUUUUUAAUGACCCUAACAAUGACUACGAUUUCUUGGUUGCUAGCGAUGCAAUCGGCAUGGGUCUAAAUCUGAGCUGCAAGCGCAUCAUUUUCGAGACUCUGGUAAAGAGGACCCCCGCCGGUCUUGUAAGGCUUACGGUACCCGAAAUAAAGCAGAUUGGAGGACGAGCUGGUCGGUAUCGGUCAGCCGAACAGCAAGGCAAAAAAAAAUCUGCUGAGAAAGAGGAACCCAAUGUUGGAUUGGUAACGUCUUUGGAGGAGGUAGACCUUCCUUACAUCGAGCAGGCAAUGUCGAUUGAGCCCCCUCCUCUUGCCGCCGCCGGCCUCCUUCCUCCGGAUUCGGUUUACCAGAAAUUCGCUGCCUAUUUCCCUCGAGAUGUCCCUUUGGAGUAUAUCAUCAAGCGCAUGUUGGAAGUCGCGCAAUCUAAUCCUCUGUUUUUCAUGUGCGAUCCGAAAAACCAGCUAGAAAAUGCCGAGAUCAUUGAUUCGGUGAGCGGGUUGCGGAUUCAAGACCAGCUGAUCCUUAUAGCGGCCCCGAUGCACACCCAGGAUGCAGCCUCACGGCGUGCUGGGUGUGCGUUUGCCCAAUGCGUCGCUGAGCAUUCAGCUGGUGGCUUAUUAGAUAUCCCGGAACUGAAUCUGGAGAUCUUAGAAGAGCCGGUAUCCGGAAAGAAGGAAUAUCUACACAAGCUGGAAAUUGUCCACAAAUCCGUGAUCUUGUAUGCAUGGCUUAGUUUCCGGUUCGGUGGGGUCUUCACGGAUCGCACCCUUGCAGCCCAUGUGAAGGAGAUGGUGGAAGAAAGGAUGAUCAGGGCUCUGACCGAAUUUUCUGCCAACAAGAAGCUCCGGAAAGAUGCGUCCCUGCGGCGUCAGAUCGCUCUGCAGAAGCAAAUCGAGGAGCACAAGCGGCUCUUGUCUGAUGUGGAUUUCAAUGCCGUCAAUGGAAGAGAGCAAAUUCCAGUUGAUCUCUCCGGUGAUAAUAACUCUUUGGAAAGACCUUUCUCCGAGGCCCAGACCCUGUAA